AUGGCUGCUACUAAGGUUUUGAUCAUGUUGGUGCUUUUGGGUGCUCUAGCUACACUCAGUAGCACCACGGAGGCUGGGAGGGACGUUGCAAUGAGCAAAAAGGGUAUCGUCGGCGGUGCAUUUAAAUUUGAUGAUGAAAAGACGUAUCUCCAUCACAAGUUUCCCCGUUAUGGAUAUCCAUAUGGUAAAAGAUUUGGUUUUCGAGGUGGGUUCGGAAGUGGAGUAGGCCAUGGUAGUGGUACCGGAGCUGCAUCUGGGGCUGAAUCCGGAGCUGCAACUGGAGCUGCGGAUGGAGCUGCAGCUGGGAACGGGGGCGGUUGA